UAAGGCAAAAUUCGAAACUCUCUCCAACUUCUUACGCCCACCGCUCUUUUCACAUAAUCCCAUUUUUAUUUAUUCUCUUUUUAAUACAUCGAAAAGACUAUCAUACCCUUCCUCUUCUUCCCGCUGUUUCCUCUCUUCUCUCUCCAUCUUUUUCUCCAUCUUCCCUCUUCUUCUUCUUCCUUCAUCUCCCCCCCUCCAACAAAACCUAAAUUCACCGAUUCUCAAACUCCCCUAAAUCGCUUCAACCACUUAAAUCCCAAAUCUCCAACCACCGAGAGAUACGCUGCCGUUACAUGGCCGCGACAUCAAACUCAGGCGAAGAUCCGACUCUCUCUUACCAUCACCAUCACCACCACCACCGAUCUCCUUUUCGCUUCGAAUUACUUCAAUCCAUCUCUUCCUCUGAUCCUCGUUACUCUUCUCUCACCCCUUCUUCCACGAAUCGGCCUUUCUCUGUCUCCGAAUCGCUUCCGCAACAGUCUCCGCUAAUUCCAUCUCACUGGGACGAUUCUUACUCUCAUAUCACUCAGAAAUUUAAGAGUAGAAAGAAUCAUCGUAUUCAGCUUGGAUCUAUUGCAAACAUGUCUGGAGAAAGCAUUGAUGAUAAAUCUAAAGUAAUAGUGAAACAAGAGUCUCCUCAAUACGUUAAACGUGUAUACAACAAGUCAAAGGGUACUACUACACAGUCAAAGGCCGGGAAACGGAUGCCCAACGGCGGCGAAGCACAAAAUGGUGGUCUAAUUGUACCUAGUAAUAACUGCCGUUAUGACAGUUCUCUAGGGUUGUUGACAAAGAAAUUCGUCAAGUUGAUUCAGGAAGCUGAGGAUGGAACACUUGACCUUAACCAUUGUGCAGAUGUUUUGGAGGUACAAAAAAGAAGGAUAUAUGAUAUUACAAAUGUUCUUGAAGGAAUUGGAUUGAUAGAGAAAACUACAAAGAACCAUAUCCGCUGGAAGGGUGCUGACAAUCUUGGACAGAAGGACCUCGGAGAUCAAAUUUCCAGGCUUAAGUCAGAGGUAGAAAUGAUGCAAUCUGAGGAAAGCAGGUUGGAUGAUCUUAUAAGGGAAAGACAAGAAGCUCUGAGAUCCUUGGAGGAAGAUGAAUAUUGUAAAAGGUACAUGUUUAUGACGGAGGAGGAUAUAACGAGUCUCCCACGGUUUCAGAACCAGACAUUACUAGCAAUUAAAGCUCCUACAGCUAGUUACAUCGAAGUUCCAGAUCCUGAUGAGAUGAGAUUUCCGCAACGACAAUACCGGAUGGUGAUUAGGAGUAGGAUGGGGCCGAUUGAUGUCUAUCUUUUAAGCAAAUAUAAAGGAGAUAGUGGGGAAACAAGUGACAAAUUGGGUCAGGAGUCUGAUCAAAAAGCUCCAUUUAGAGUGGACACUCCUUCCUUGAAAAUAGUAACUUCAGAUACUGAUUUAAAAGCAGAUUACUGGUUCGAGUCAGAUGCAGAGGUGAGCCUCACAGAUUUAUGGAGCAUCUUCAGCAGCUGAGAACAAAGUUAUUGAAACCUCAAAUUCCAAUUACUGGGAGGACGAUGAAUGAUACAAAUUUUCAUGUUACGUUUUACUACGCCAUUUGAGCCUGAAUCCUAAUAUAAGUUUUUUUUUUUUGGUUUUCUCUCUUGUUUAAAAUAAAAGAUGCAACAUUCUCAUGUCAUUCAAUGGGUGACAACAAUUAUGUGAAAAAGCUUGUACCCUAACAUAAGAUAUAUAAUUAUACUUAACGGCCCUUGGAUGUCAAA